GUUUGACAUGCGCAGUGCGACCUAACGGGACCACACCGAGACACGUCGUCGGCUUGUAACGGGAGCGCUCGAUUUGUCCCGCUUAAUAUUGCUGCAUAUAUAGAAUACAGUUAAUUUACGUUAAAUACGAAGUAACAAAUUUAAACAUACCGUUGAAUAGUAAAUUAUGUAGUUAUUUUGCAUAAUCACCAAAUGAGGACUUAUCGUACAAAUGCCACAUAAAACGAGGCGAAAUUCACGCAAUGAAGAGUCUGAAUAUAUGAGCUACAGAAUGUUAACAGAACACAUUAAAUAAAAAGAUGUACAAAUGUAAUAUGCAUAACAUAAUUUAUGAUUACACUCAAAGUAAAAUAUAUAUUUAAUAAAAGAACUGUGGUAAAUGUUAAUCAAAUAAUGUGGAUAUAGUGUGAACAUUAAUGAAAAGACGCCUUGCGCAAUAUUCGACGAGAACACAUGACUUCGAAAAACACGACCAUAGGUCACGUGAUCCACCCGUUUGUCACAUGAUUCUUGUUUCGGAAGGCAGGAAGAUGGCGGCGCACCUGUCUUACGGAAGAGUGAAUCUUAAUAUUUUGAGAGAGGCCGCACGGAAGGAGCUGCGAGAAUUUUUGGACAAAUGCGCUGGUAGCAAGGCAAUUGUAUGGGAUGAGUAUCUGACUGGCCCCUUUGGAUUAAUUGCUCAGUAUUCUUUACUGAAGGAACAUGAGGUGGAGAAGAUGUUCACUCUCAAGCCGGGACGUCUUCCGGCAGCCGACGUUAAGAACAUCAUCUUCUUCGUAAGGCCAAAGCUGGAGUUAAUGGACAUAAUUGCAGAUAAUGUUGCUAGCGAGGACAAACUCCGCACGCCACGUGACUUCCACGUCCUGUUUGUGCCGCGCCGGAGCCUUCUGUGUGAGCAGCGGCUGAAGGAGAAGGGUGUGCUGGGCUCGCUGAUCAAUGUGGAUGAAUACAUCCUGGAUCUCAUCCCUUAUGAUGGGGACCUGCUGUCCAUGGAGUCUGAGAGCGCAUUUCGGGAGUGCUACCUUGAGAACGACCAGACCAGCCUGUACCACACGGCCAAGGGACUGAUGACCCUCCAGGCGCUAUACGGCACCAUCCCACAGAUUUUCGGGAAGGGGGAGUGUGCACGGCACGUGGCCAACAUGAUGCUUAGGAUGAAGAGGGAGUUUGCAGGUUGCCAGACACAGAUCCUGCCGGUGUUUGACACGCUGCUGCUGUUGGACCGAAACGUGGACCUGCUCACGCCGCUGGCAACGCAGCUCACCUACGAGGGGCUGAUUGACGAGAUCUACAGCAUCAACAACGGCUACGUUAAGCUGCCCCCGGAGAAGUUUGCCCAGAAGAAGCAAGGUGAAGGAGAAAAGGACCUCCCCACGGAGCCCAAAAAGCUGCAGCUCAACUCCGCUGAGGAGCUCUACGCUGAGAUCCGUGACAAAAACUUCAACGCCGUGGGGGCCGCUCUCAGCAAGAAGGCCAAGAUCAUCUCAGCUGCCUUUGAGGAGCGCCACAAUGCCAAGACGGUGGGAGAAAUCAAGCAGUUUGUGUCGCAGCUGCCCCACAUGCAGGCGGCCCGUACCUCCCUGGCCAACCACACGUCCGUCGCGGAGCUCAUCAAGGACAUCACCACUUCCGAUGCCUUUUUCGAUAACUUGACGGUGGAGCAGGAGUUUAUGACUGGAGUGGACACUGACAAGGCCAACACCUACAUAGAGGACUGCAUCGCUCGCAAGGACCCCUUGAUCAAGAUCCUGCGUCUGGUCUGCAUGCAGUCUGUGUGCAACAAUGGCCUCAAGCAGAAAGUUCUGGACUUUUACAAGAGGGAGAUCCUGCAGACCUAUGGCUUCCAGCACAUUUUAACACUGAAUAACCUGGAGAAAGCUGGCCUCCUGAAACUGCAGACAGCAACCCGGAACAACUACCCCACCAUCAGGAAGACACUCAAGCUGUGGAUGGAGGACGCCAAUGAGCAGGUGGCUUCCCAUCAAUUUUAUCACCGUGGGAGGGCUGUUUUGGGAGGGGGCAGCUGGAGGUACGGAGGAGUCCAUUUUGAUGAUGUCAAGCAGAAAGCGGAAUAUGUGCCUGUUUGUCGCCCCACCUCCACAGGCCAGCAGGGGGAGAACAGGAUCACGCUGGUGUUCUUUCUGGGAGGCGUGACGUACGCUGAGAUCGCCGCCCUACGCUUCCUGUCCCAGAUGGAGGACGGGGGAACAGAGUACGUGAUCGCCACCACCAAGCUCAUCAACGGCACCAGCUUCAUCAAGUCCCUGAUGGAGCGGCUGGAAGUGCCGCCCUAAUGGGCAUACUGUUUGCCCCCCCCCCCCGGGCUUGCCCGUGAGAGGAGGCUUUGUGCUCUGGGUAUCAGGACUCUUCAGCCUUAUGUUUUACAAGAUCACCUGCUCCCUCCUCAAGGGAUGAUCCCUCCCCAGCUCCAAACAGCCAUCUUGCCUGUAUCAGUCGAAGCAUUGCUAAGAUUCUGUAGUUUGUGGCUUCAUGAUCCUUUUGACUGUUACCAAAGCCCAGCCCUCCUACGCACACUGGAGCUGAACAUGCCCAUCACACGUGUCCCUGUUAGCAGGUUUCCAGCCGUACCUGUCCCUCUCCAUCUGCUCCUUCAUUAACAGUGUCUUUUACUUAAGACAGUUCCGGAAGAUAAUUCCUUACUGUGACAGUGACAGGUGUGCAUGCCGGUUUAAGGUCAGAGCUUAAACAUUCUAUUCUAUUGAUUAUCUGCCAAAAUGAACUAAAGAAGCCUUCAUGCACAAUUCAAAAACCUGUUGUGUGCAGAAGGGAUGAACUGGGAUUAUUUGACUGGGCUGCAGCACCAGGACUGGAGGCUGCAGCUCCAGAUGGAAAGGGAUUGAGGAGCAUGUGGAGACCAUUGGGGUCUCCUGGGCCGUUCCCAGUGCCACCUGUGUCCCAGAGCCCCGUCCAUUACAUGUUGUGUUGGGCUUUCACCUUUCUCUGUUUUGUGACACCUGUGCUGUGCUCAAGGUUUUUUUGUAAAUAAACUAUCAAAUGAGCA